AUGGAUGAUCCACGUGUUCAUCCCACCACCGCCGAUCCCCCGCCGCCGCCGUCUUCCUCCAACCCGACAUCACCCAAGCACUCCGGCCAGAAUCAAAAGCCACAAAAUCUCACUCCGCCGCCGGAGAUUUACGUCGUCCAGCUACCCAGAGAACAAAUCUUCCGCGUUCCGCCUCCGGAGAACGCCAGAAAAUUCGAGGCGCUGACUCGCCGGAAACCCCGACGGAGUAGCUGCCGCAGGUGCUGCUGCUUCACUCUCUGCCUCGUCCUGCUCCUCGUCGUCGCCGCCGCCGUCUCCGCCGGAGUGAUGCACUUCGUCUUCCGUUUCAAAUCGCUCAAGUAUGACGUCACCGGCAUCUCGAUUAAGGGGAUGAAUCUGACGUCGGCGGCGCCGAUCUCGCCGGAUUUCAACGUCAGCGUCAGAGCGGAGAACCCUAACGGCAAGGUUGGCAUCUACUACUUGAAGGGCAGCGCCGUUACCGUUUUCUACAGCGACGUGAAGCUAAGCAACGGCGUUUUCCCUGUUUUCUACCAGCCGAAGAAGAACGUGACGGCGUUCUCCACGUCGUUAACGGGGUCCACCGUCGUGUUGGGCGCCGCCGUCAGGAGGGAGUUAAUGAACGCGCAGAAUCAAGGGAGAGUGCCGUUAGUGGUCAACGUUAAUGCACCCGUCAAGAUUAAGGUGGGGUCCGCUAAUACGUGGGAAAUUACAGCUAAGGUCAAAUGCGACGUCGUUGUGGAUUCAUUGAGUGAGAUAGCAAAAAUUGUUUCCAACAAGUGUCGUUAUAACGUGAGAUUGUGGUAG